AUGAAGAUGUUGAGGAAGAGCAAACAGAGGAUGCAGGGAGCUGCCCUGCAGCUGAGGGUUAUCUCAGGUAGCAGCACUGUAGCUCCCUGCAUCCUCUCUUUGCUCUUCCUCAACAUCUUCGUGGGCGGCGCGUCCCUGCCGGUGCCCGACUCGAAAGCGAAAGCGAAACCGCCGGGGCCGCACCGGGACGGCGACAGCGGCAGGGAAGCGCCACGGAGCUGCCGCCGGCUCGCGGAGCUGGCCCGGCCCGGGGCCAUGGCUCCGCCGCUGCUGCCGCUGCUCUGCGGCACCGCCGCGCUCCUGCUGCUCCGCGCCGCCGCCGACUCCGUGCACUGCAGCCCCCCCAAGGCCGUGGCCAACGCUCACAUCGACGCCGGGCACCGCACGGAGCUCAACUCCCGCCUGCGCUACUCCUGCAACCCCGGCUACAAACGCAAAGCUGGAACCUCCAGCCUCAUCCAGUGCGUCCUCUGGAACGGCUCCCAGCCCCGCUGGACCGACCCCACCCUCCAGUGCAUCCGAGAUCCGGCUCUUUCCAGGGAAAGCCCCGGCGCGGCAAGCACGACCCAGAGGGCAGGAACCACCAGUGCCAGCCCGAAUUCCAGCCCCUCUCCAGCUCCCAGUCAGUCACCUGUGCCACCAGCACCGGAUGGGGCAUCCCCAGAUGGAUCCAGGCCACCGGAGAUGGCUCCAACACCGGACACCUCCAGGCUGGGAGAGGGGACAACCCCGCUGCCCAUCCCGCCCUCGGAUUAUGCCGCAGUUUCCAUCCAGUCCGUGGCCUCUUCUGUUGGCACCAGGCAGGGCUACGCCGUGACGGAGACCGACAUUCCCAUGGAGGGAAUUCCCUCUGGGAACGAGGAGGUGCCACCUCCUGUCAUUGUCCCCACGGGCUGA